CUCCACAACCGCACCAGCAAAACAAGUCAGAGCGGAAGAAGAGAACGAACGACCUUGUUCUCCUCGCUUGGCUGGCUUGGCUGGAUUGGCUGGCUUGUUGUCUCUUCACCCUUCCACCAUCCCACCUCCCCGUCUCCAACGUUCCCCUAACGCCUUCACUCGGCUCGCUCGCUCGCUCGCUGAAAUCGCUGUCUCCCCCACGAACCGCCCACCAACCGACCAACCCACCGUGUUGAUGUCGCUGCUCCCAAUGGACGUUCUCCUCAAACCGCUGAUGAUGCUGGCUGCCUGCCGCGUGUCCAAAGGACGUGUUUUGGACCAGAUGAAGGCGACUGCGCUCGUCGGAACACGCCAAAUCUCCGUCAACCAAAGGAUUGCGAACCGGACACCAAACCUGGAACACACAGAAGGACUAGCCAAGCAAGCAACUGCACAUCACUGGGGUUGCUGUGUGUCCCUCAGCUGGGCGAUCGGUAUGCCGCACCCGCGUCCAUAG